AUGCCACAUAAGGUCAAACUCGACCCCACAAGCAUCAAGAACCCGAUGCUCCGGCUCGACUGUGCCGGCACACUGCCUCCUCGCGCCAGCUGCUCGCAGGCCGUCGCGGCCCGUGUCCGCGCGGCUCAGGCCGGCCAGAAGGUGUGUGGUGGCGGCACCGUGGCAGGAUUGCGGAGAAGAGCUCGCCGAACGCGAGCAGCAGAUGGCCAAAGUGUGCCAGCGCGAGAGCCUCGCGAGCGGGCGCAGAAGGAGCUCGCCGUGACACGAUGCCGGGCGGUGGUGGUGCUCUGGCGGCUGUGCACAGUGGGUAAGGUCAGGCUGCAGCAGGGCAGCACGAUGGUAGUGCCCUGCUGCAGCCUGGCCUGA